CCGUCCAGUCCCAGAGCUCUGCGACCCUCGCCUGCACCUCCUCUCCCAUUCACCCGCGCUGCGCUGCCAUUGGUCCAAUUUCCUACCGAUCCUCACAAGGCACAAAAGGCGUUGCUCAGUGUGCUUCUUCUCCUGUUGCUUUAUAUAUAUAACAAACCUCCCCCCCCCACUCCCCUCCACCACCCCAAUUAUCCGUCCUUGUUCUCCUGAUGGUGACUCUUCGCUCACUUGCAACGUGUCCUUUAGACUGUUCUCUCCUCUCCAGCGUACACGCGUCUCUCCCGCGAUCCCUCCUCCCUUCUCUUUGCGCUGAUGCCUUGAGAGCUGGCACCUUAUUUCCCCCUUCCUUCUCUCUCUCUCCUUUUUUUGGAUGCCUCGCAACAAUAAUACCGCUGAUGACCAUCCAAGAGGAAGCAGGUGGAGAAUGAAGCAUCCUUUGCCCAGGAGAGCCAUGGCUUAGCUCAAGAAGGAAAAGGCAAGAGAGGCGCAUCGGAAAAGAAAAAUAAUAAACACCACCGCGCGAAAGAGAGAGAAAGAAACGGGGGUCAACAUGAGUUUCCACAAGGAAGACGGGAUGGGCAGCUUGUGCCACAAGGCUCUGCAGAUCAUCUCCGAGCUGUGCCUGGGAGGGCAAGUGGAGUUGGAGAAAUGUUCGGGCAUCUUCCCGCUGGAGACCACCAACCAAGGUAUAAGCAGCGCAGACAUCUCUGUCAGCUUGCUUGCAGUCGUCGUCAGCUUUUGUGGGCUUGCCUUGCUGUUAGUCUCACUUUUUGUCUUCUGGAAGUUGUGCUGGCCGUGCUGGCGGAGCAAGCCGAUGACAUCGAACGCUGCAAGCAUCCCUCAGAGCACCUCCAGCGCUCCCACUGAGUUUCUGGAAGCUAAUGAGAAAAAGGAAAUUAUUAAAGAAACGGGGAAGCCCUCCACGAAAAUCCUUGAGGCGGCAAUGAAAAUUAGCCACACUUCACCUGAUAUUCCAGCAGAGGUCCAGAAUGCUCUGAAGGAACAUCUAAUCAGGCAUGCACGCAUGCAAAGGCAGAUCACCGAGCCAGCAUCCUCAUCAAGGCACAAUUCCUUCAGGAGACAUUUGCCAAGGCAAAUGCAGGUGUCCAGCAUUGAUUUUAACAUGGGGACAGAUCCUGUUUUACAAAGAGGGGAGACAACUACCAGCAUUGGAAGGAUAAAACCGGAACUUUAUAAACAGAAGUCUGUGGAUUCAGAAGGCCAGAAAGAGGAUGUGAAAACAUGUGGGAAACUCAACUUUACCCUUAAGUAUGAUUAUGAAAAUGAGAUGCUUUUGGUUACCAUUGUCAAAGCCUUGGAACUACCAGCUAAAGACUUCACUGGUACAUCAGAUCCCUAUGUGAAAAUCUACCUUCUUCCAGACAGGAAAAAAAAGUUUCAGACACGGGUUCACAGAAAGACGUUAAACCCUGCCUUCAAUGAAACCUUUCAGUUUCCUGUAGCCUAUGAUCAACUUUGCAACAGGAAACUACAUUUCAGUGUAUAUGAUUUUGACAGGUUUUCUAGACACGAUAUGAUUGGAGAAGUCAUUCUGGAUAACUUUUUUGAGGUCUCCGAUCUCUCUAGAGAGGCCACAGUAUGGAAAGACAUCCAUUGUGCCACUGCAGAAAGCAUAGAUUUGGGGGAGAUCAUGUUUUCCCUUUGUUAUUUGCCAACAGCAGGGAGGAUGACCCUCACAGUCAUCAAAUGCAGAAAUCUUAAAGCUAUGGACAUCACUGGCUCAUCAGAUCCAUACGUCAAAGUGUCCCUGAUGUGCGAUGGUCGGCGCCUGAAAAAGAGAAAAACAACUACAAAGAAAAACACUCUCAAUCCAGUAUACAGUGAGGCCAUCGUUUUUGACAUCCCUCCAGAGAAUGUGGACCAAGUCAGCCUCUCCAUCGCUGUUAUGGACUAUGACCGAGUGGGACACAAUGAGGUGAUUGGAGUAUGUAGGGCUGGACUUGACGCUGAAGGCCUUGGAAGAGACCACUGGAAUGAAAUGCUGGCGUACCCCCGCAAGCCAAUAACCCACUGGCAUCCCUUGGUAGAGUUGCCAGGCCGAGCAACCAGUUUUGACAGUCAAGGAUCUUGCUCAUCACCAAAACCACCACUUACACCCUAGCCUGAACAGUGGAUUCUUGAUGACCCGCUUGACAACAAGCU